CCCCCACCGUCCCGGCGACACGCUGGCGCGGGAUCGCGGUCGAUCUCGGACAUCUCGGUGCGUUCGGCGUUCCUGCGGCCUCUUGUCGAGGCGCUGAAGCUGGCUGAAGCGUCGCCUACAACAUGGCGGUGCCGUUCGUGCAGUCACCCCGUCGUGCGUUUCUCCGCGCGUCAUGACCACGGUGGAUCGUUCCCGGCCGCGCAUCGUCUCCCCACGCAGCUUCAGCUUCAGCCGCACGUCAGCCGAGAUCGCGCGCUCACUAGGUUGACCCGUGAGAAGAGUGCACGGGCAGCAGCAGCAGCAGGGCGUGCGAGGUUACGCACACACGCGUCGUCGACGUCGUCGUCGUCACGUCGCGCACCGCGCCGUGAGGAAAUCGGGCAUCGGUCCCCGUCCCCGACGACGGACAGCAGUUGACCGUCCUUUGUCGAGUGAUCGCGUCCCGAUACCAGAGAGAGAGAAAGAGAGAGUUGUCCGCACCGCGCGCACGACCACGGGCAGGAAGUGGAGGCCGAGGAUGCCUGCCGCGGCCCGACCGUCGUGAAUCGCCGCCUCGCGACAUUCCCAUUGUCCUCGUGUACAGGGGAGACUGAUAUUGUUGGAACGAUCGCAAGCUGCUUAUUGAAGAUAUUGGAUGAGUUAUCUCUUGCGUCAGCCUAUUUAUAAACAAACCUACAUUUGUUAUACUUGUCGUAACACCGUGACGUUGAUUGGAGAAUUUAUAUUUUAUUUAUUACACAAGAAGAUAAUCCAAUCGAUCGCUUCCAAAGACUUCUAUAAGCUUGCAGGAAACAGGAGUAACAGGAAUAACUGUCUGAUAACUAGUUAGAGAGAGAUUGAUUUGUAGAACAAGAAGGUUUUGUUAACGGAUUUCUGUUUAUAUCCUAGAAGUGAUUGCGUGGAAGUAAGAUAGAUCCAUUCUUAUUGGCUACAAAGGAGUUUCAUUGAUAUGAUAUAAAUAUUAAAUAUUAUCUUUACAAUAUAUAUACACACGAUAUAGUUCUCUUUACAAAUAUAAUAGUUAAAAUAUACAUCCAAAAUCAAAAUUAAGAAAGAUUGAUUCUUGUCAGAAGCAGUUGAUAAGCGCAUCUAGACUUGUCUAUCGUGCCUCCUUAUUUCAUCGCUGUUAGUUACUCCACCUUUCUCACAGAAGAGAAGCAGGGCUCCUCGCUCUUCUCGAAAUCUCUCGAAGUAUUUUAGGAACAUAUCGCAAUUUGAAAGCGAAUUUAUCGAUUGGUCUCACAUUGCGGUCUGCCAAAAUUUUAUGAAUAAGACACUUAGGUAAAACAAAUAGAAGCUUGAAAAGGAGAGAUUAGCUAAUACCUUGCAAGAGACUGCUUGUACGUAGUAAAAAAGUAUUCUUCGAGUUGCGUGUUGCUAAUAUACGAUUCUUUUCUCUUUAUUUGACACAAAUUAUCACUACUGAUAUUCUUACUUUUGCUAAUAAGACUAUCCUGUUCAACAAUAAUACUCAGUGUUCCUUGCAAGUUGCCUGAAAUAUUGUAAAGUCCGUCAAAGUCCUUUUAAUUAUAAUAAUGGCUGAGACACAAAGGAUGACUGUGUAUGGAAGGCAUCCUCCAUGCGCUAAUAAUAGUAGACUGGAAGAGCGCCGAGCUAAGAGAUUGGCAUUGCGACACGAGAGAAACAGGAAGCCGGACAAACCGGACGACUUCGUGUGUUACGAGUCGAGCGACGAUGAGGCCGAGACGGUGACCGAGGGCAAGCAGUUCCUGAGAACGUCCUUCAACUUCGUGGAUUACGUGCGCGCACGCGAGACGAACACGCGCGAAGUGCGGAAUAUCAAUCAGGAAUACGGUUCCCGUCACAUACUGACCCACGAUCUGUUCAAGGAAUACUCGGUCAGCUUGAACAACAUGAACAAAGUAUUCUGUUCUCAGUGGUUGAGUGAUAGACAAGUGGUAUUCGGUACAAAGUGCAAUAAGCUUAUGGUUUACGACGUAGCGACGCAAAAACUAGACCAGAUUCCAUCUCUUCAUGGAAGACAGCUCAGUCCGGGUGGUAACGUUAUGCCCGAGCAGCAAUGUGGCAUUCAUUCCGUUCAAAUCAAUCCCUCGAGAACUCUUUUAUCCACCGGGGCGAGAAAUAGUAAUGAAAUAGCGAUAUACAGAUUGCCGACUUUGGAUCCAGUUUGCGUCGGCGAGAACGGCCACAAGGACUGGGUGUUCGACAUGUGCUGGCUGGACGAUGAGUUUUUAGUCUCGGGCUCGAGAGAUACGAAAAUGGCUCUAUGGCGUAUUGACAGCGAUCUUGCGGAAGCUCCUGAUAAAGCAGAUGUGCCUACACAUAGGUUGAUUCAACCUGUCUGUGUGAAGGAAUGUAAGUCCGCACAGAAAGUGCGAGCGCUAGCAUUCAAUAAAGCGUACAAGGAGAUUGCAGCGUUGACCCUCAAUAGCUUUAUACAUAUCUGGUCGGCCGAAACCUUCAGACAGAAAAUAUCUAGAAAACUGCCAGCCUGUCAGGAAAACGUUUGUCUUGCUGUACAGGACGAUGGAGUAUACGCGAUCGGAUGCAGAUCUUACACUCUUCUGUUGGACGCGCGUACAUUACAACCAAUUAAAAAAAUACCAUCUAGAUAUAGCGGUUGUGGCAUUAGAUCAGCGAGUUUUCAAGGAUCCGUUUUAACCAUCGGAACUGGUCUAGGAAUGCUCAUGUUCUACGAUGUUAAAGCUCAGAAAUAUCUGGAAUCUUCUAUAAAUUCUAAUAGGACUGUUGUAUUAAAAGCUUCGAAAGGAUACGUGUUUCCAGAUGAGGAAUACAUAGAUGGUUUCCAAAAUGUGAAAUACACUCCCGCCAUUUACACACAUUGCUAUGACGCAUCGGGUACUCGGCUAUUUACAGCAGGUGGUCCAUUACCCGCAAAUCUAUACGGCAACUAUGCAGGAUUAUGGCAAUGAAGGUUUAUGCGAACGAAACCACAAAUUAAACAGAGGAAAAUACCACUACUACAAACUUCAAUACAUUACCCUAUGUUUUCCAAAUUAUCGAAAUGUUAUGGAAAAUUUCUAUGGUAAUAUUUCAGGAUAAUUUUUAUCUAUUUAAGCUACCUAUAAAUAUUUCUUGUCGAAUAUUUUUUUUUUUAAUUUGAAUCCGAUAAGAUAAGUAUAUUACAUGAUGUAUAUGAAAUUUUAUGUUAUUAGAGAAGCGAAAAUGUGAUUCGUAAUUUCUGCGUGCAAAUACAAUAUAAUAUUGUAUAUGCAAUGUUACAACUUUCAGAAUGUUAAGUAAAACACAAUUGGAUGAAAUUGCAAAUCACAAAAAUUUUCUGCGAAAGAAUUUGUUUGUCCUCACUUUAAUUUAAAGAACAUGAUAUAUGUAUGUAAUAUGAUACAAAUGGCAGAAAAAAAGAUUGUCAACGAACAUUAUAAUAAUGAAUAUUAAGUUUCACCAAACUUAUCGAGUUGAAGUUGAAACACCGGCCUCAAAACAGCAACACGCAAUGAAUUUUGUUUAACAUAUACUUAUUUAAGCGUAUAACAAUACCACAAUUUUGUAUACAAUUCCACAAAUGAUAUCGCAAGGGAAUCCUGGUUGGUAUCAGUUUUUUUUUUUAUUACGAUUAACUACGUUAAUCGUAAUAAAAAAAAUUUCGACAAAGAGCGUUAUUUAGUAAUAGUAAAUUAAACAAGGAAAUUCUAAAUACAUCAAUAGCACAAUAAUCUAGGAAUAUGUUCACCUGUGUAGAAAUAAAUUUUUUAUAUUUAUUCGUGUCUAUUGCUUAGCUUCGAAUUAGUUGUAUCUUUCUGCCGGCGUUUGAAGUUUAACUAUUGAGUUUAACGCGAGUAUAAUCCGACUGUUCAAGUUUGACCAAGCUCGUUGCCAAGCGUUGCCGUUUGCUUUCGUCGCGACGUUUGACACCCGUUUGGAGAGUAUUAUGGAAUUAAGCGCGUGCAUUUAGUAACAAAAAAAAACGUCGACCUGUGAUUAUACGAAAUGCCGCGUUUGUUGUGUGCAAUUGAGAUAGCAUUUGUUUCUAUUAUACGCGCAUACGCUGUAUUCCCAUCGUCAUUUUCAUCAAGUAUCAUCUUACAACGGUAACGUUAGAGUUCGACGAUUUCAGUCGAACACGCUCAAACACGAUUCAGGAAGUAAGCCCCGCUCGGUUUUAGCAUACAAAUAUGCUGUGUAACGCGGCGUACUUAAGCGAUAUAAGAAAUUCACCUUAUUGAACGCAUCACGGACGUCAUCGCGUGACGAGUCGUCGCAAGUGCCACAAAUUCGCGUCUCGACGUAUUCUAGUAAUAGGGUAGCACAUUUUACGAAGCGAGGAGAGAUCGGUGACAAUGAAACGUCAUUAAAUCAUCGUAGUACGUAACGCGAGCAUGUAUUUUAACAAAAUAUAUUCCCGAGCUGCAUAUUUAUGAAAGUGAGAGUGAGUGAGUGAGCGAGAGAGAGAAAGAGAGAGAGAGAUUGCAAAAUGUUAUACAUAAUUAUGGGGUCUCACAAUAUUACGGUAAGAUAGAUAAAUGUGUGCAUUGUAUCCGAUAGCUCUGUAGUUUCACCGAUACACGUUUCAUCUUUCUAUGUAAACAAACAGAUAUAUACAUACAUACAUACAUACAUUACAUGGUAUACAUAGGAUUCAUUGAGGGACGGGAGGCCGCACGGGCAUUCGUUUCGCCAAAAAGGAAAAAGUAAAGAGGAGGAUCCGUCAUCGUUUUUAGCAUGUAACCGCAGAGAACUCUAUAGCGUACCACACUAUGCGUUCAUAACGUGUACGACACUUUUGUGGGGUAUUUAAAACCAAUAUUUUAACGCCCAUCUACUUUAUGCGGACUGAAAUGCUCUAUGUAAAAAUUUAUGUCAUACACUCUCUCUCUCCGACAUGCGUUUAAAUUCAAUACGUUAACCGUGACCAUUCAUACAGCAUCUCUGAUAGCCUAUUUUUAUAAACGAGCAAUAGUUAACGGGUAGCUUCUCGAGACCGACUUACUUGGCAUCGUUUCGCGCCCAGAUUGUUUGGAAAUAUAUAAGACGAACAGGUAGAAAAAUUCGCAUUCAAACUGCUGCCACUCCCAGCGCACUCUUAAUUUGUAACAAAUGAAUAUCAUACGAAUGACAAAUUGAUAAUUUUAUACGUGAAAAUGCGUACACCUGUUAAAAUGUGUCGACGGCAGUGCGAUCCGAACGUUUCAGUUUGUCGCGUUGUCCUCCCCAUGUUAAAAAGCUCUACUAUGGUAAACAGCGUGAACGUAAAACCAGUCACAGUGGCAGGGUUUGAAACGGUGAUUUUUGAUAAUUUUCCAUGACGACGAUACCUUUGCACGCGCACUGCAAUUGAAUGAGAAGAACGACGGAUGAACUAUAUCAUUAUGACUUUAUAUAUGUGCGACUUCGUAUAUCUAAUGUAAAUAAAUAUACCAAGCUCUUGA